AUGCAAGACCAAGUCAAGAAGGCCGUCCGGCUUUAUCCAUACAGUCCGGUCGGAGUUGCCGGCCUACUCACACCUGACUACAUCAGAGCGACCAAAACACAAGGGCGACUCUCCUGGCAGGGCACUCUGAGGCCACAAGAGUGGUGCAUUCAUUGCACAGAGGCCGGCAGCUUCCGUCAUACGGCCUCAUUCUUGACGGUCGGCUCUGCAGAGCAAAAUCGAUUUUUCGCCCUGUUUGAAUGGCGUUCUGCGCAGUUGGGCAGCCUGAUGCCACGGCUGGCCUUACGUGCAGAGUGUAUUCGUUUUGGCCUUGUUUCGGCUCACCGGGCUCAUGCUCGUCAGUUCUGCGUGUGUGUGUUUAGAAGUUGGAUUACGCAGAGGCGUAUAGACAAGUGUACAUUGGUGUGUUGGGUAUGUGUAUGUGUGCGCAAAACGAUGCGCCCGGCGGGUGAAUCGGUUCGGUUCACGAUAGUCGGCCGGACGCGUCGGUUUGGUCCGGUUAUUUGGCCGGCAUGGGCACGCGCGCACGCGCGCACGCAAAAACGUACGUGCAUGUGCAUCUCGGCACUACUGUGUCAUCACGCCAGCGUCAGCUGCUCAAGCUCACUUCGUCUCGUCUCGUUCGGCUGGCGGCGAGAGGCGCCACUUUUACGGGCCUCGAUCGAUCGAGGCCACUGGCGAGCACAGGCUCGUCUCGUCAAGUCGGACGGCCGCCGCGCGGCCUGUCUCGCGCAGACAGAGACAAUUCGGCUCGUUGUCUCAGCGGCCCAGCGGCCCGCCUUUGCCGCGAGUCUGCUUAGGCCAGCCGGCCCCGCCCGAAAGCGG